CGACAUCCACAUGACAGCAGGCAGCGUGUGUCCUUUUGAGGGUCCAGUGACUUCUGAGUGAAGAUACAGAAAUACAUCUGACAUGAUCAUCAAGGAGUGGUUUGAGGAACAUGAUGGUGAAAUUCUGUUAAUGACCUGUCCUCCAAAUUCACCUGAUGCGAACUGGAGGACCUGCUGUUGACAUUACAGUACCAGAGGUGAUCCAGACAUUAUUGUGAUGUUGUAGGUGUUGAAGUGCAGUGAUGAUGUUCCUGCGCUCGUGUUCACUGGCCGUGAGAUGCAGCUGCUUCAGAAAGCCACGCAUCACAGUCAGGCCCUUCAGCUCCAGCUGGACCGUCAGGAAAGACGCCUCAGAAAACGCUCUUAAUUUGGAUGUGUGGAAGUCCGUGAUGAGAUCUCAAGCGCUGCAGGAGGAGAGCAAAAGCCUGAAUCCGUCAACGCUGGAAGCCAGCCGUGAGCUGGUGGAGAUGUGGCAUCAGGCGGGGAAGUUCGUUCCCAAGAACAUCACAGACGAGCAGCUGGAAGCUCUCGCUGAACUGACCACAAAGUCUGCCAAGAAGAAGUUCCUGAAGUUUCUUGCGAUUAAGGAGUCAUACAAGAUCUCCAAGAAGGAGAAACAGGAGAGGAAGAAAUCUGAGAGUGAAGCCGACGAAGUAUUCAGUCGAAAAGAACCCAAGAACAGCUUCCUGCUGAAGUUCUGGAGCAGAUCCAUGGAUUGCCUUCACGGCUGGCGAGUGGCGCAGGCCAUGCGCUUCGGCCAGCCGCUGGUGUAUGACAUGAGCUACGACCAGCACAUGAGCCGCAGAGAGAUGGAGAACACCGUUGCGCAGCUGAUAGAGAGCGAAGGCUGGAACCGCCGCGCCACAGACCCGUUCCACCUGCACUUCUGCGGCCUGCAGCCGGACAGCGCAUACCACCGUGAGCUCCUCAAACGCUACGGAGCGCACACAUGGGACCAGCUGCUGAUCACAGCCACGGAGCACAGACAUGUGGAGCUGUUUCCUCAGCAGGACCUGGUGUACCUGACAGCCGAUUCUCCCAACGUCCUGCACACGUUUGAUCACAGUAAGGUGUACAUCAUUGGUGCCAUGGUGGAUCGCUCCAUUCACUCGGGCGUUUCUCUGGCCAACGCCAAACGCCUCAAACUGGCCACGGCACGACUCCCGCUGGAUGAGUAUCUGGACUGGGACUGUGGAGCCAAGAAUCUGACCCUGGAUCAGAUGAUCCGCAUCCUGAACACGAUGAAGGACACGGGAAGCUGGCAGAAGGCGCUGGAGUUUGUGCCCAAGAGGAAACACAGUGGCUUCCACCAGCAGAGCAGAGGAGUCACGAGAACCACAAAGAGUCGCUUCAUCCAGAACGAUUCAUCAGAGAUCCCUGCUCGAGUUCAGAGCCACAGGAAGAACAAAACAGACAGACACCAAAAACAAGAAACAACAAAAAUUGAAAAAAGAUUGUGAUUAAGAAUGUCUUUUUUUGAUACUUACUGUAACUCAUUAUACUCCUCAAUAAAAAUGUUUUAGACGA